AUGACGAGCAGACAGCCUACUAUCGACGCCACUGCGGCCAGCGGUUCCCAGGGUGAGGCUAGCGGGGUAGCCCUGACAACUACGCCUACCGUGGGGCGAGUUUCUGUCCACAUCCCACCGUUUUGGGAGAAGAACCCAACAACGUGGUUUCGACAACUGGAAUUCCAGUUCGUGCUGUCGGGAAUCACACAGGACGCGACGAAAUAUCACUACGUCAGUGCGAACUUGGAGAACAAGUACGCUGAUGUAGUGAUCGACAUUAUCAAUAACCCCCCGACGACGAAUAUGUACGAGACGCUCAAGGCAGAGCUCAUACGGCGACUGUCCGAUUCCAAGGAGCAGAACAUUCGGCACCUCCUGGAACACGAAGAGAUCGGUGAUCGGAAACCGUCAAUUUUUCUGCGACGGCUGCAGAACCUCGCGGGUGAUACAGUGUCGGACGAGUUUUUAAAGACAUUGUGGUUGGGACGCCUCCCAACGAGUGUUCAGGCUAUCCUGAUUACACGACAGAAGGAGUCGCUCUCCGAACUUGCCGCCCUCGCCGACGCUGUAGUGGAAGUUUCACCGCGUCCACAGAUCGCCGCCGCCGCCGUCGCAUCGACGGUGCAGGGUGACAUUCGCGCGGACUUGGCCGAACUCCGUCGCGAAGUCGCGGCCCUCCGCGUAGAAACGAACAGUUUUCGUCGCUCACGUGCCAAAUCGCGAAGCAGGCAUCGUAGCCUUUCGCGAUCGCGUGGCCGUAAUGAGGGAGACAUUCCUACCGACGGCAAGUGUUGGUACCAUUGGAAGCACGGUGCCGCAGCCAGGAAGUGUCGCGAUCCGUGUAACUUCGCGACGGGAAACUCCAGGGCCGAUCGUUAA